AUGGCGGAGGGCCUCCCGCCAUGCUCCUGCGGGAGGGUGGCAGGCCCGGGAGGCCUCCCCAGCUGCUCCCGGUUCGAGCGCUGGGUGCGCUGCGCCAGCGUCGAGGCGAUCGCGCAGCGCGGCCGCUACGAGCAGCUCCUCCUGGCCGCCCAGCACAACUCGCCCCACCUGCCCGCCGACAAGGAGCGGCAGCUCCUGCUCGACGUGGACCGCACCUGUACGCAGAUGGGGUUCUUCGCCGAGGGCAGCGACGGCCGCAGGCGCCUGGAGAACGUCCUGCGCGCGUGGGUGGUCUACGACGCGGAGGAGGCCGCCGCCACGGCCGCCGCGGAGAGCCGCGCGCGGCUUGGGCCGGGCGUCACGGCCGCGCCGGUGGGCUACGUGCAGGGGAUGAACUUCAUAGCCACCGCGCUGUUGUGGCACGCUGCGCGGGACGAGGGGCCGCUGCUCUCCCCGUGCUCCGAGCACAGCGGACGGGAACGGAACGACGGAAAAGGCGCGAACUCCGAGGCUGGCUGGAUACAGAACGGCGUCGAGGACGCCUGGAAACGCCUGAUAGCGAAAGCGAUCCGCAUCGGUCGCUUGACAGGAUACUGGCGCCAGCUCGGAGCCUACGUGAACUACGUGAAGAACAGGGAAGAGAGGAACGUCUGGGUCAGAGAUAUGGCGCCCAACCAAGGCCUUCAGAACGAAGAGUCAAAGUUCAGCGAGUGGUUGCAGAAGCUCAAUAGUUAUGUGCUCAGUGUGUUCGAGGUGAACUCCCGACUGGUGAUCCAGUGGGCCGUGGGCCAGGCUAACGAUUCCCUGGCUUUCUCCACCGCGUCGGCGGUUGCGCAGUUCAUAGACGACGGAGAUGGCGGCGAGGAAGUUGACGCAAGGGAAUUCGUGAAGUGGGAGGAGCUGAUCAGGCGCUGCGAGAGGUCAGAGGCUUCCUGGAGACUCGGCAAGCCCGCGGAGCCCUCGGUCGAGCCCAGGGGGGUCGGCGGGUGCAACCAGUCGGUUGCCGCGCUGAGCUCCGACGCAUUUGGGCGCGUCCUCGGCCAAAGCUGGGCGGGGGUGAAGGGCGCGAAGCACUGCCGCAGGAGCAUCGUUAUGACCUGCGACACGGGCAUCGUGGAGGGCGUGGGCGGCGUUGGCGUCGAUGGAAUGCCGGAGUGCGGCGAGCGCGUAUUCCUGGAGGGCAGGCGCGCGAACGUCGGGGGGCCGCUCCGGUCUGACUCGGCUAUUGGCACCGAGGGCCACUUCACUUGGAUCGGCGCCUUCGGUGACUACAUCAUCCACCAGAUGAUUGACCAGUGCGUGGCCGAAGAGAACAGGGGCUUCGCGCCGCUGCGCCUGCAGGGCGGUGUCUACAAGAUGGACGUGAUGAUGGGCGUCCCGAGGCCGGCUGCUUCAUCGGGGUCAGCAGCGGUCGACCUCUGCCCCUGGCGCCGGCGAGCGCGGGCCCUCGUCGGCGGGCAACGGCUCCGUGGGAAGCGCGGGCGCCUCGCAAAUGCCGGGCUCGCCGCCGCCGGGGCCGACCGCGAGGCCGACGGCGCGUGGCGAAGACUACGAUGGUAG